AUGAAGUCUGUCAUCGCCGCCGCCGGCCUCCUGGCCGUUGCCAACGCCUACCAGCCCCGCCACUACCACUGGCGCCGCCAGAACGAGACCUACCCCGAGGUCCCCGCCGGCUACACCACGCUGACUGUUGAGGUCACCGAGGUCGCCACCAUCACCUCGUGCGCUCCUACCGUCACCAACUGCGCUGCUGCCUCCAGCACCCUCCCCGCCUCUGACCUGUCCGUCAUUGUUGUCACCAACACUGUCGUUCUCUCCACCACUGUUUGCCCCGUGGCCGAGGCUGCCACCAUCUCCAAGUCCAUCAUCAAGGAGCACGAGACCGGCUCGCUUCCCGGCUCCACCAAGACCGGUGCCGUCCCCGGUAUCACUGAGGGCCCCACUGCUCCCGCUCCUACCGGCUACCCCACCCCCGAGAUCACCACCUCGGCCGCUCUCCCUGAGGCCCCCGUUGGUGACGACGAGGAUGAGGAGGACGACGACGAGGACUGCCCCACCGACGAGGGCGAUGACGACGAGGAGGAUGACGGUUCUUCCGAGGGCGAGAACGUCCCCUCUCAGACCAAGCCUUACGGCGACGCCACCGUCACUGGUGCCAUCCCCGGCUCCGGCUCUGACGAUGAGCUGACCACCACCACCACCGCUACCUCCACCGGCACCAUCACUGUCACCGUCGAGAAGCCUGAGGAGACCGGUACUGGCUCCACCCCCGGCUUCGGCUCCGACAACGGCUCCUCCGAGGGUGAGGGUGCCUGCCCCUCCGUCUCCGUUGUGACCGUCACCGCCCCUGCUUCCACCGUCUACGUUACCAUUGGUGGUGGCGCUACCGAGACCAGCAAGGCCGAGUCCACUCCCGCCCCUGGCGGCGACGACGAGGAGGACGACGAGGAUGUCGACGAGGAGGACGAGGAGGACUGCCCCACCGACGACGUUGUCACCAUGUCCAAGACCAUCACCGUCGAGCCCGUCCCUUACCCUACUGGCAACAACGGCACCCUCCCCAGUGGUGUUCCCAAGCCCACCGGUGCCCCUGUUUACAACCCUGUUUACAAGCGCACCCGCUUCAGCAACGCCAAGCCCCAGAGGCUCGUCUAA